AUGUCACUAAUAAACAAGCAGUGGUCAAGAAUAUCGACAGAAUUAAUCCAGGACCCUCAAAAUCUUGAACUUUGGCAAAGUUUAAUCGAAGCAGCUGAAUGGAAUGAAAAACGAGGCAUUAACAAAUCAACCAGCGAAGAAGAAUUGAACAUUUUAAGAACCACCUAUAAUUCAUUUUUAGAGAAAUUUCCAUUUCAAUUUAAAUACUGGAUUCGAUACGCCGAGUGGGAAUUUAAAUUGGGAAACACGUCCACUGCCGAACAAAUUUACUUAAGGGGGUUGAGUACCCAAUUAAGCCACUGUAUUGAAUUAUGGAUCUCCUAUUUAAACUUCAAAAUCAAUACAAUUAACGAUAAUAUUUUAGAAAUUUUACAAAAAUUUGAAAUUGCACGAAGUUUGAUCGGGUUCCAUUUCUUUGGAUUUGAAUUUUAUGAAUUAUAUUUGUCGUUCUUGGACAAUUAUAAAAAUGAUAGCAAUGAAUUUGAAAAGAAAUAUUAUAUUUUAUUAAGAAUCAUACUUGAGAUACCUAUUUAUCAUUAUGGGAUUUUCUACAAGAAAUGGUUUGAUCUAAUAGAUAAAUUGUUGAAAGAUGAAAAACUAGCUAGGCAAAUUGUACGCUAUAUUGCCCCUGCUAAUGAAAUUGCCACUCUUGAAUCGAAAAAGAACACCUCGAUCUUUAUUGAAUUGAAAAAACGAUUCACCGAUGCUUACAUAGCAACACAAUAUCAUAGUUUCGAAUUAUACGAGUUUGAAAAAAAAUUGCUACCCAAGAAUAAUAAGAAUACUCAACAGGAUAAUGAUUUGAGGUCACGACAAGAACUUGAUGCCUGGAUGAGUUAUAUUGAAUAUCUUGAAAUUAAGCAAUACCCAACCAAAUUUAUCGAAUUAGUAUAUUACAGAUUCUUAUACAAUGCCAGGAACUAUCCACAAACUUGGAGUAAAUUUGCUGAUUAUUACAUAUAUCAUGGAAAAUUUAACAAAGCCAAAAAAAUCCUAACCGAUGGGAUCAAAUUUGUUGAUGAUUAUAAAUUAUUAAUAAAACUAGUUGAUCUUGAAAUCUUCUUGAAAAACUAUCAACGAGCCAUAAACUUAUUGAUAAGUUAUAUUCAGUACAGUUCUAAUGUUCCAAUUCCAAUACGUGAUAAAGUCCAUCAAGUUAAACAACUAAUUGGUCAAGAAUAA